AUGAACAUCAGCACACUGUCUCUGGAACAUAUUACGACUGGGUCAAACUACCCUGAUAGUGCAAGUCCGGACUCUUCUCGGUCUGCAAUUUCAGCUCCUCCCUCCCCCUCAGAAUCUUCGCUGUCUUACGACGAGUAUCUGAAGGUUGCAACCGACACAAGCGCUAGUAUUCUGAUGGAACUCAAUAUGGACGGCAGAAUCCGUUAUUUAAGUUCGAUAUGGGAAGAUAUAGUGGGGACGAGCGUCAGUGAUAUCGUGGGUCAAGUAAUUUCGGAUAUCCUGAUGGGCACAGACCAGGACCGAUCAGUCUUCCAGCGAGCCACGGAUCUCAUGAUUCGAGAAGAUUGCAGCUACAGAGUCCGGUUUCUGGUCGAAUGCGAUCUGAAUGAUACUGACGCCAAGACCGUCCCUGACAGCAAUUUGGGGGCCUCGCCAGUACAACCGGACACAAUCGAACUCGAGGCUCAAGGUGUCGUGAUUUCAAGCGUCAUCGACAACGUUCCUACGCACUCCAUGUGGAUUGUAAAACCUUUCUGCGAAAUGGGGAACAUGGAUAAUCUUCCUCAGGAUCUGGUCAAACGUCUCGGCUUUGGUGCCACCAUUUUCUCGCAAUACCUCGCCGAAAUAGAGGAUUCGAUGGUGACGGACGAGCAAGAUCUUCCUACGCCAAAAAAUGAACUCUGUAGGGUGUGCGAGUCCCUAGUCCCAGCUUGGUGGCUAGAGACGCAUUCUGAAUCCUGUAUUGUGGAAAACAAAAUUGAAAGUGUGGUGCAACUGUAUCACGACAAACUGGCGGAGCGCAAAAAGUACCUUGAAGAGACGUUCAAGUCCCUGGAGGCCAAUGAUGGGCGAAUAACUCAAUACAAGGGCUUGCCCCUACCAAAAACUGAGGAGGAUUUGAAAUUACUUGAUGGAUCAUCGUCGUCAAGCGAUAAGAAUCCCUCAGCCGUCAGUAUUUUUGAUAGGUCCCCGGAUCAUGCUAAAAACAAUAGCCCUGUUAUUUCAGGUUUAAAGUUUCCCUUCAGAGUGUUGACCUCUCUGAUAGACUUGUGCGAUGACGCCAUCAACACAAAUAUAAGUGAGCUCAAAGAAGUAUCUGACGAACACGAGCUAGAGAACGGCACAGUACAAUACUUUUACGAAUUCUCUCCGAGAACAGAGAAAAACAUGCAAAGUGUCAUAGAAUGGCGCCUUCAAGAGGCCGUCUCGUGCCCUGCAAUUGAACUGCUGAGAAAGGACACAACUGAUCUAGUGCUGCAAAAAAUAGAAAACCUUUUCAGGUUGGAUAAUGCGCUAAGAUACUCGCUAAAGAUCAAAAAGGAAAUCGACUCUUAUGUUUUGCAGCUAAUCAAGGAAAAGCUCGAUCGCAAUAGACUGAACUCAACGCCAAGCCAUGCAAUACCUCAAUUACGCUCUCAAACCCUUUCAAACACGCCGUCAAGUAAGGGGAGCGAAACAGAACGCUCCGAUGCUCCAAUUGCUUCUCCUCAGCCACACAAAGCACAAAGUGGCAUCUUUUCGGAAGCGUACGUUGGUACUGACAGAAUACCUCGACAACAUAUGAGUAAUUUGCAGAAUAAUCAUAGUUUGGGAGCAACUGAAAGUAGGGACAGUCUUCGAUCGUUUUCGCGGUCUAUAACACCCAAGCAGCCUCUCAUCGAAAUUCCUGGUGCUCUUCCAGGGUCGGGAGGAGGCGAGCAGCCCAAAAUUUACGAGUCAGUAGGGGGAACUCCGAAACUGAUUUUACCUGAUUCCACCGAAAGUUCAAGAUCAGCCGGAGUAAACGAACACACUCCUAGAAGAGACUCCAUGGCAUCGACAGCGGGUCACAGCACCCCGUUGUCUUCGCUACAAAAAAACUCAAUUUUCAGGCCUUUGAAUUCUGCAAGCCUUGAGAGAUCUCCAAUGACUUCACCUUACGCAGCAUCUUCAGAUCGUUUGACACCAGAGCUUCACUCGGCUCUUAUACCAAAGCAGCCUCUGUCACCGCUUCUUUUGGCCACUAACCAGGCAAAAUCAAGUACCCCAAGCAUAAGGGAUUACGAUAUUAUCAAACCUAUUAGCAAGGGAGCAUAUGGAAGCGUUUAUCUAGCCAAGAGGCGAAUAACCGGCGAUUAUUUCGCGAUAAAAGUGUUGAAGAAGUCUGAUAUGAUUGCUAAAAACCAAGUGACAAACGUCAAGUCAGAAAGGGCUAUCAUGAUGAUUCAGAGCAACAAGCCGUAUGUUGCUCAACUCUUUGCAACAUUUCAAAACCGUGGUAAUUUGUUCUUGGUAAUGGAGUACCUGAGCGGUGGCGACCUGGCGACUUUAAUCAAGUUGAUGGGUUGCCUUCCGGAUCAGUGGGCCAAGCAGUAUAUCACAGAAGUCAUUUACGGCGUUGCGGAUAUGCAUCGGAGUGGUAUUAUCCACCAUGAUUUGAAACCAGACAACCUGUUGAUAGAUCGCCGUGGCCAUUUAAAAUUGACCGAUUUUGGCCUCUCAAGGCUAGGGCUUGUCACAAGGCACCGAGGCGCUAAUAACAAAGAUAUCCCAAGGAGCAGCCGGAAAGGGAGUGCUGUAUCGGAGGAGGGUAGUGCUGAUUUGCCUUUGAAGUGGCAACUGAAAACCGAGUCACCGUCUUCUAAUAAUACUCUGGACGGGAUAAUAUUUAAGACAGAACGCUCAAAUUCGAAUUCGAGCUCACAAUCAGUCUUGGAAGUACCAGCACUUCGUAGGUCAGGGUCGCAAUUAUCGUUCUCCAUGACGGAUUCCCCGGGAGGUGGAUCCCCACCACCGAUGAACUUACACAAGCGCGCCAGUUCUAAUAUUUCUGAAAGCUGGGAGAACGAGAGUCCCACGCCAGAUUACACUUUAUUCAAUCCUGAAGAUUCAAGGCACGACAAGAGGUUUUUUGGAACCCCAGACUACCUGGCACCGGAAACGAUAGAAGGUACCGGAGAGACCAAUGCUUGUGAUUGGUGGUCUGUAGGUUGCAUGUUAUUUGAGUUUUUCUUUGGAUACCCCCCAUUUCAUGCUCAAACGGUUGAAGAAGUGUUCAGUAACAUACUUGCUGGUAGAAUACACUGGCCAGACUUCCCUGACGAAGAAAUGGAACGCGAGUUCAUUUCUCCUGAGGCUAAAGAUCUCAUAUUGAAACUCCUCGUCGUCAACCCUGAUGAGAGACUAGGCGCGAACGAUGUUCAAGACAUCUUCGGUCAUUCCUACUUUGCCGACGUCAAUUGGGACAGCUUAUAUGAUGAAACAGGUUCAUUUGUGCCAGAAGUUGCUCAUCCGGAAAGUACGGAUUAUUUUGACCUCCGUGGUGCUCAAUUGGAGGAUUUCAGCGAGUCUGACACGGAACCGCCCAAAAUUCCCGAGUUACUGACACCUGGGGUUGGACGGGCGCCCAAACGAACAAGCAGCGAACGCAGUAGUCAAUCGGGUACCCCAACGCAAAAACUGACCGUUGGUUCUGUCUUAGAAUCCACAGCACACGAGAGUCACAGCAAUCAUAGCUCACCAACAACUAAACAACUCCCUCUAGCCAUUCCACUGCAUCUUAGAGACAGGCGAGUAAGCAAACUCAACGAAGUGCAAACUGAGUUUGGCUCUUUUAACUUCAGAAACCUACCCGCUCUGGACAAGGCCAACAAAGACGUCAUUAACAGACUCAAAAAUGAACAUCUUGUUGAACAAGGGCUUCACCAGUAUCAUCACCAUCGGACUUCCAGCGGCUCAAGCUCUUCAUCUGACUUUUCAACAAAGGUUAAACAUGCAAAAGGAAGUGUCUCGAACCCUUCGGCUGGCAACCUAGUCAUCCCAACAAGAUCUUCCGCAUCACCAAAUUCAUCAAACCAUCAUUCACCUAGCAGAAGAGGUAGCGUUGAAAUAGCAAUGACAGGUCAGCGGCGAAGCGCUGGCGGGAUCACCGAUAGCCCUCUGAACUCGCUAGCUCUUGCACAUGAAGAAUGCGACUCACCGUCACCAGCCUCGCGCUUCAAAUCUCCUUUAUCACCUCAACACACUUUCUCAAGAACUAAACAUCAUUCACGCACCUCUUCCAAGCACUCUAGCCUAGGCGAGAUUGCGACAGAGGAAAGCGAAAGGCUCCAAUCACUGUCACGGGCUGCUAGCGUACGUGGACGUCGGCGGAGUGACCGCAAGAGCUCAUCGGGUGCGAGCGAGCUUAUGUACAACCUCGACAUCCUUGUCUGUGAGCCUAUCCCGAUACAUCGCUUCAAGCUGACCAAAGACCUCGAGAGCUUGGGGUGCUCUGUUGUCAGUGUGUCAAUGGGAGACGAAAUGGUUCGCAGAGCUACCAGUGACGUGAAGUUCGAUCUUAUGUUCACAGCUCUCAAACUUCCAAAACUUGGUGCCAUCGAUAUCGUCAAGCUGCUGCGAAACACGACGAGUUUAAACAGAACCACACCUAUUAUUGCCAUUACUGCAUUCUUCCAAGAGGCUCAACAGGCCUGCGUCUUUGACGACGUUCUCGAACGUCCUGUCAGCGUUCAGCAGUUGCGGUCACUUUUGAUGGAAUACACGCUCAAGAAAAGCCAAGAUGCGGAUGAAACAAUGGUAAGUGACGUCGAUGCGGAUGGAAUUUAA